GUGUUUUUAGUAGUAGUAGUAAACGGUAGUAUUCCUUAUUACAUCUCAUAUGUUUAUGUAUAAUCUUUCAUCCUUUACGUCACUUCCGGGAGGGACCGCUGGCGCGUUGAGCUGCCGCUACUCUCCGGUUGUCUGAACUGUUUGUGUUGUACGGCGACCUUGAGUGCCUUGAAAGGGGCCUUAUAAAAUAAAUGUAUUAUUAUUAUUAUUAUUCCGUAUCAUUGAAAGAGUUUUACAGUGUUCCUUUAUUCCAGAGGGAUGAAGCUUUUAUUGUGUCUCUCUAACCGGAAGUAGUAUUACUCAUUGUGUCUGGUGAUUCCGAGCGCGAGACUUUUUUGUGUGAUGAGCUUUAGUUGGUUCCUGAUUAAAGACCUGGAGGCGCACCGGGACCAGGACCGAGACCAGGACCGGGACCGAGACCAGGGUUGGGCUCCCAGUGCUCCCAGCAUGAGCGUGCAGCCCCGGAGGAUCCGACUGAAGCCCUGGUUGUUGGCGCAGGUGAACAGCGGCAGGUAUCCUGGUCUGCAGUGGCUCAGCUCCGAACACCGACUCUUCCAGAUCCCCUGGAAACAUGCGACCCGCCACACGCCAGCGUCAGAAGAGGAGAACACCAUCUUCAAGGCGUGGGCUCUGGAGACAGGUAAAUACCAGGAAGGUGUGGAUGAACCUGAACCGGCCAAGUGGAAAGCGAACCUUCGCUGCGCUCUGAACAAAAGCAGAGAGUUUCAGCUGAAAUACGACGGCACGAAGGAAACGCCGCUUCAACCGUACAAAAUCUACGAAGUCUGUGAGCAGAGCAGGAGCGCAGAUGGUGCUGAAGAUGAUGAUGACGAGAUGCCCAAUCUGAUGGAGCUCACGAUCCAGCCCAGGACCAGGGACACGCCCUCCUUCAGCUCCUUGCCCGUGCAGUCAGAGACAGCUUAUGAUAUGAUUCCCAUGACCUCUGACCUCCGGGUCCCGGGGAGCUUCGUCCAUCCUGCCGGACUCCGAGACCUGACUUCUCUGCCCCCCCCGGCAGCGUCUACCCCCCCCGAGCCGGCACUAAUGGAGGCCAGCGGCAUGGGCGAUGUCCACAAGCACCAACCUUGUAAAUACGACCUCCUGAGCAGCGUCCCACUAACAGAUCUGGACCUGAAGUUCCAGUACCGGGGCCGGACGACGGGCUCUCUGACCGUCAGCAACCCUCAGGGCUGCCGGCUUUACUACGGACACCUGGAGCCGACCCCGGAGCAGGUGGAGCUGUUUGGACCGGUCGCCCUGCAACAGGUCCUGUUCCCUGGGACGUCGGAUGUUCAGAACCAGAAGCAAAGGUUCUACACCGAGGCCCUGCUGGACGUCAUGGACCGCGGGCUGAUCCUGGAGAUCUGGGAGCAAGACAUCUAUGCGGUCCGCCUCUGUCAGUGCAAAGUGUUCUGGUCCGGACCCGGCGUGCCCGAGCACGGUCCGCCCAACCCCCUGGAGCGAGAGAUGAAGAUCAAGGUGUUCAGCCUCAACGACUUCCUGCAAGGGCUGAUCCUGUUCCACAGAGGAGAGACCGGCAGACCGCCUCCCUUCGACAUCGCCUUCUGCUUCGGAGAGGACUGGCCGGACCGGAGGCCCCCCGAGAAGAAGCUCAUCAUCGUCCAGACAAACGGAUUGACCAAUCACGGUGAAGGUUUCGUGUGACGAGUUCUUUCCGCGCCGCGUCCCCCGACACGUCGCCCCUCCGUUCCUCUGUGUAUCAGAGGGGGAGACGGGAGGAAGGAGGAGCAGGAGGAAACCCGACUGAUUCAUCCACGAGUUAAACUGAUUUAUGAUCCUUAUUUUCGCGGAGAACUCAUGUUUUAAAAACGGAAACAGUGUUAAACCGUACUGCCGCGGUUUGACACUCAGGAGUGAAAAAACUUAAACGAACACCGGAAGUAAACAAAGUUGCGUUAAUUGCGUUAAAAUAUUUUAGUGCGUUAAUCGCGGCCAAAUUAAUCGCAUAGAUUAACGCGUUAACGCUGACAGCCCUAAUAUAUAUAUAUACAUACACUACCAUUCAAAAGUUUGGGAUCACUUAGAAAUGUUUUUAUUUUUCAAAGAAAAGCACUGUUUUUUCAAUAAAGAUAACAUUAAAUUAAUCAUAAAUACCCUCUCUACAUUGUUAAUGUGGUAAAUUGGUGGAAGUGUCUGGUUUCGAAUGAAAUAUCUCCAUUGGUGUAUAGAGGCCCUUUUACAGCAACUAUCACUCCAGUGUUCUGAUGGUACAUUGUGUUAUCGCCUUAGAAGACUAAUAGAUGAUUAGAAAACCCGUGCAAUUAUGUUAGCACAGCUGAAAACAGUUAUGCUGGUGAUAUAAGCUAUACAACUGGCCUUCCUUUGAGCUUGAAGUUUGUAGAACAAAAUUAAUAUUUCAAAUAUUAAUCAUUAUUUCUAACCUUGUCAAUGUCUUGACUAUAUUUUAUAUUCAUUUGAUAAAUAAAAGUGUGAUUUUUCAUGGAAGACACGAAAUUGUCUGGGUGAUCCCAAACUUUUGAACGGUAGUGUAUAUAUAUAUAUAAAUGUCCCCUCCCCUGUCCCCAGGUGGUCCCCGUCGUGGCCCGGAUCCUCACUGAGAUGUUCUCCGGGGAGCUCAGCUGCUCCACCGACAGCAUCCGGCUGCAGAUCUCA